ACAUACCUUCAGCUUGUAUUUGCUCUUGGCUGGCGACUUCGUCAAUCCUGGUCUGGCCAGGUCUGUUACUGUCUCAGGCAAGUGGAGAAAGCAAAACAUCUGCGAGCAAGGCGGAAGACUCAUCUAGGUCCCGAAGAUUCGGAAUGCUAUUGUUCUGAGCGGUCCGCCUCGUUGGCAGACGUCGGCCUGAAUUCGAACACCGCCUAUUCAUCAGAACCUUGCGCUGAAUAUGUCGAGUUUCAGGCUACUGCACUAAUGCUUCAUAACGGCGUCGUAGCUUGGUGAAGGGGUCCUCAUACCCCCAUGUUCACCCUGUUCAACAAUCCUGUACGAUUGGCUCCAGCGAGGCGUAAUGAGAAGGUUCCCGUAUCGGUACAGCAAUUGGCAACAAGUAGCUCCGAAAGCGACGAUAGCGUAUUGAGGGAGGCGAUUCUGCAAAUCGUGUCGGUAUGGCUGAAUAGGUUGUCGCUCGUCAGCGGGAUUGCAUCGUUCUUCUCGUCCAUAGACUCGCUCCUCUUCUCAAUCGCGAGCACUUCCACCCAUAUCGGCGACCCUGAUGCGCCAUGGAGUGCGCUCGACAAGUUAACGACCGCCAGCUUCGCAGGUGCCCUCAUCUUCCACGUCUGCUCCGCGAUCCUCGCAUUCGUCGCAUCCUUCAUCCUCGUGCGCCUCGAGCUCAUCGACGCAGACGACCAAGAGGACAAGGCCACCGGCGGCACACUCGCGAGCGCGGGCGGUACAGCCUCGACAGCGGCGCUCCGGGACCUCGAGCAGGUCGGCGAUAAGAACAAGCACGUACUUCGGCCCUCCGGUUCUUCCGCACCCGCGGUAGAUACCACGACGCUCUCCGACACCGCCAGUAUUGCGAGAAACCCCGUCUACGCCCGCGUCACCGUGAGCUGCUUCCGCCCGCUCUCGACGUACACCACGAAUCUAUCCAAGGGCAUCCCUUCCCCGGCACAGCCAGCUGAAAUGGCAGAUGCGAUCCUGAAUCCGCCCAUUCAGCUGCUGUCUCGCUGUCAUUCACUGGCCGUCUGGAUGUCGGUGAUUGGCUUUGUGCUGGGUAUCAUUGGGAUCCUGGCAUAUGCGUGGGUUUCGACGCCGGCAGCGGUCAGCAUCUUCUCGACGGCCUGUCUCGGUGUUUGCCUCGCGGUGAUGGUCAUUGCUAUCCUUUAG